GUUAAACUGACAUGUUCCUGCAGCAGCAUGGACUGAUUCAUGCAUUGGGCAUUUAAAGUGUUGCAUAUUGAUGGCUGCCUGUGUGCUGCGUCAACGUGGGCCCAGGCUGCGCUGCCUCAGAGGCUUGAAAAAGAAUUUAACCCAGGUUCAACCCCUCUAUGGCAAAACAGAGGAGGAGGCGGACGAGCAUGAGGGGAAGAAAGGGGCAUCUCAACACCAGGAGGCCUCUCUCCAUGGAGGUUACAGGCUGUUUUACAACCCGUCUUCAUAUCAUCGCUCUGAGAGGAACGCUGCGACCUCCGGGAGCCAGACAGAUAAUGACGAGGACGAAAGGUGUCUCUCCUUUCUCGCACCUUCCUUCUGGCAACAGGGCAACCGCUACAGCGUCAGUUCCUCGCGGCAUCUUUCCAGCGCAAAAAACACACUCCUCGACUUGGCUUUCAACAAGAGCUCUGAACCCGAGAGGCCGUCAACAGUGUCACCCUACCAUGGACAACCCGUGCCUUCGGACGUUAAAGUGGAUCCACGUGUUUUCAACAAAUGCCGGCCUGAGUAUGCCUCCAUGACCCUUGACCUCACCCACCGAACUCACCCAGUAAAAUGGGAAGAUGUGUCCACGCUGCUCCAAAAAGUGGCGGUUUUAAAAGGCAGCAUGAAGCCAUCGGAUGUGUCUCAGUUUCUCGUGGAGCUCAGCCGCGUGGACCCGGACAAGACGUCGUCGAUAAGGAAUAACCAGCGCUUUGUCAUGCUCCUGCGGUACUCUGUGGAAAACCUGCGCCUCUUCACCGACCUGCAGCUGCUGGAGGUGCUGCAGUCGUUUGUGUGGCUGGAAAUACCCUCCGACCACACGGUGCUCGGGCUGUACGAGACCGAGCUGAGCCGCCGGGCCGACCAGAUGACUCUGCACCAGUUGCUGCUAGCUGCUGAUUUGUGGCGCUGCAUCGGGAGACAGGUCCCCCAGUUCUUACAGCACCUCUAUGACUCAAUCCAUCUGUACGUGGGACAUAUGGGGGUCCCUGAACUAGUCCAGCUGUUGUAUAUAAUGGGAGAAGGUCGGAAGUGCCCAAGAGACUUAAUCCAUCCUGUACAACAGCUUCUUUUGCGCCAUUUACAACAAUUAUACCCCGAGGAGGUUGGUGUCGUGUGCCUGGGGCUUUUUAAAUCCCAAACUUCAAUAUCUCAGAGUGCUGUGACCUCUAUUGUUGACAAGGCAGUCUCCUCUGUGAGAGAGAUGAGUGACUUUGCGAUGGUGAAUGUGCUGAAACUCUUGCGUUUCAGUUAUUUGUACCACAGAGCGUGGAUGGAGGCCAUGACACAGGAAGUUCCUCGACGGGCCCCCAGGAUGGGUGUUCAGGGCCUGAUGCACGUGGCGUUGGCCUGUUCAGCGCUGCAUUAUCGUAAUGAUGACAUCCUCGUUGCCGUGGCUGAAAGAGUGCCCUCGCUCGUGCCACACUGCAGGAGCAAGGACUCAUGCAAACUGCUCUGGGCCCUCAGCUCAUUAAGGUUUCUCCCGGCUCAGAGUCCGAGCUUCUAUCCGAGCCUGACAGAAGCCCUGAGACAGAGGAAGGCCGAAUUCCACCGAUACCCAGAGCAUCUGCUCACUGGUCUGCUAGGCCUGGCCUUUGUCUCUCACUUCCCAGAGGACAUGAUCGCAUUAGCUCUGAGCCCUGACUUUGUCAAGCAAGCGCUGAAAGCAACACAGCUGGAGCUGAAAAAAGACUUGCUGACUUUGGACGGAGCUGUGGCUCUGGAGCUGCCUCAGUGGACCGGGCCACGGUUAAGCCGUGAACUUAGGGAGGAGAUAGCUGAGCUGCUGUGGACGUUCGCUCAGUCAGAUAUGUGCCACAAGCCUGAGGUUCAGGAGGCAGAAUCCACUCUCCAAGAUCUGUUCGGAGGAGAGGAGUUUGUGUGCAAGAGAAUGAUUCUGCCUCACACUCGCUCCAUUGACCUGGAAGUUCAUCUUGACUGCACAGGAAAGCCAAUACCCGUUAUCCCAACGUCCCACUCAACCACAUUAUAUCCUGAGAAGGUUUCAUCUAAAGUAACUUUAAACCAAGGGUGGGGGGAAAUGAAUCUAGGGGCAACUAUAACUGAUGAUCUUUUAGCAAAGCUGAUGAACACUAAAACCACAACAGAGCCUUUAACUCCAUCUCCUAAGACUACACCUCUUCCCAGAGAAAGACUUGAUGAUGGGAGACUGUUUGUCACAGGCCUUGACCUGACUAGUGACCUGAUAGAAACCCUUACUAAAAACAGUGCCCCUGCUGGCUCAGACCCACAGGAGGCCAAAGCCACAGUCAAACUGGCAAUCCAGGUUUCCAGCAGGAACCACUACUGCUGCCAUUCACAGCAGCUGUUGGGUCUUCAUGCCAUGAAGAGACGACAUUUGAAGUUGGCAGGCUACAAGGUUGUGGAGCUGAGCCGUCAUGAGUGGUUUCCCUUGCUGAGGAAAAGCAGGACCGAGAAGCUGGCGUACCUGCACUGCAAAAUCUAUGACAGUCUGUAAUCACUCUGUGACCUGCUAAAAACCCAAAGAAAACACAUAGAUGAUCUAGUCGCUCUGACUUGUGGGUAAUAUUUAUUCUGCUUAAGUCUUGUCCAAAGCUCAGAAAGAUCUGAUAAGGACAAGGGCAAAUAUUCCUUUGUCUCUGAUUCUUUUGUACAUGUUCAGGAUGUUGUAAAAAAUUUGACAUUUCAAGAUAUUUUUGUGAGAAGAAUGCAAAUUAAAAAUAUU